AUGAAGAUCACCUGGUGUGACGAGGCCAUCGGAAGAAGCGUCAGUACGUGGCCUAAUUCCGACCAGGCGUCUGGCCGCGGAGGCGCCGGUCCGGGCAACUCAAAGGUCAAAGGUGAUGUUGACGGCGACAACGCACAAGGUACGAACGGUGGCGGCCACCCCACUGAAGGACACGUAAUGGGCGAUGUACAUCCAUUUUUGCAGGGCAGAAGCUCCGGCAAUCGAAAGUAG